AUGGUGGAGAAGAGCUUAAUGCUGAAGAUGUUGCUUUAUGCUUUCGCCGUCGGGGUACUGCUGCUGGUUACCAAAACAUGUCCGGCGGCGGCCACCAUUACCGGCGGCGGAAACGUAAUGCUUCUGAAUUCCUCCAGAUUGAAGAUGUUUGUGGAUGAGGUCCCGGAGAUGCCCACGAUCCGGGGAUAUAGGCUCGUCAAUGGCUCGUAUGAAUCAGCCACCCUCACAAUCGGCAUGUUUCGCAAGGACUGGAAAUUCCACAGAGACCUCCCUCCAACGCCAGUCUUCGCCUACGGUACAUCCCAGCGCACUGCAACCGUCCCCGGACCAACAAUCGAGGCAAUCGCCGGCGUCUCCACCCAUGUGACGUGGCAAAAUCACCUCCCUUCAAGCCACAUCCUCCCCUGGGAUCCAACGACCCCGACAGCCAUCCCUGCAAACAAGAAGGGCAUUCCCACGGUGGUGCACCUCCACGGCAUGAUCGGUGGACCCGAGAGCGACGGACACGCUCACUCCUGGUUCACCAAUGGAUUUCACCAAACGGGUCCCACUUGGACCAACGAAACUUACCACUAUCCGAAUGUCCAGCACCCGGGGAGUCUCUGGUACCACGAUCACGCCAUGGGGUUGACCCGGGUCAACCUGCUGGCCGGUUUGGUCGGAGCCUACGUCAUUCAGGACCCAAAAACCGAGGGCGGCCUCGGGCUUCCCUCGGGGAACGAGUUCCACCGACGGCUGGUUAUAUUCGAUCGGAGCUUCCUCACCAAUGGUUCCAUUUACAUGAACUCCACCGGGAAUAACCCCGACAUUCACCCGGAGUGGCAGCCGGAGUAUUUUGGGGACGUGAUUGUCGUCAAUGGGAAGGCGUGGCCACGUAUGUCAGUACGACGUCGUAAAUACCGCUUCACAAUUAUUAAUGCCAGCAACGCCAGAUUCUUCCGGCUGUACUUCGAGAACGGAUUGCGAUUAAUCCACGUGGCAGCUGACUCGGCUUAUUUGGAGAAGCCUGUGGUGGCUACCCACACCUUAUUGGCUCCAUCAGAGAUUAUCGACUUCGUGGUUGACUUUUCAACUUCGAAGGAGGAAUCCGUCCUUCUGGAAAAUGACGCGCCGUAUCCUUACCCAUCUGGGGAUCCCGUGAAUGAUGCAAACGGCGUCGUAAUGAAGUUCGUCAUUAGCAGAGGAGAACCGGAACCCGAUCCAUCAUCUGUGCCCGGGACUCUGAUCAAGUACCCGACCCCAGAGUUAUCCACCGCGGUGAGGUCACGGUACAUUGCUUUGUAUGAGUACACGAGCGCAGCGGAUGAGCCGACACAUCUUUACAUCAACGGCAAAUCGUUCGAGGCUCCGGUGACCGAGAAGCCGGGAGUGGGUACCAGUGAGGUGUGGUACGUGAUUAACCUGACGGACGACAACCAUCCGUUGCACGUGCAUCUGGGGCUGUUUGUGGUGAUGGAGCAGACGGAGUUGAUCGACGUGGAGGAGUUCAGAGACUGCAUGAACAGAUUGAACGACGCCGAGAGGUGCCACGUAGAGAAGUACGCACGUGGGAAGAAGAUUGAGGUGCUUCCGCACGAGAAGGGGUGGAAGAACGUGUACAAGAUGAUGCCCGGGUUCGUGACAAAGAUUCUGGUGAGAUUUUCUUAUAUACAUUCCACCCAGCCCUACGUGUUCAACGCCACGGCGGAGCCUGGUUAUGUGUACCACUGCCACAUAUUGGACCAUGAAGACAACGUUAUGAUGCGACCAUUGAAAUUAGUGGCUUCAGGAGGGAUGGGUCGCGUUGCGAACCCUCUAGGGGUUAGCAUUAUGAUAGCUAUUUUAAUGAUGGUUCAUUACUUGUAAAUUAAACUUGUGGAUGAACAAUAUUAAGG